CGCGGCGCGCCUCGGUGACGUCAAGGUCGCGUCUAGACUGGCGGGAAAGUCGAAAACGAGAGGCGGCGACAGUUUGCUGGCGAAAGUAAUUUAACUGCAGAAGAGUGGUCAAAAUGAUUUCCCAAAGAAGACUGCCAAAAUCUGAGAAUAAAGAGAGCCUGACAGAAGAUGCCUCUAACACCAGGAAGCAACCACCUUCCAGAAAGACAAAGAAAUCUCGUGUUCAAAAUGAAGUUGAAGAAAAUGACAGUAUCUUCGUAAAGCUUCUUAAGACAUCAGGAAUUAUUCUUAAGACAAGAGAAAGUCAGAAUCAACUAGUUGUGGAUCAAAUUGUUUUCCAAAAGAAGCUCUUUCAGACUCUGAGGAAACAUCCUUCUUAUCCCAAAAUAAUAGAAGAAUUUGUUAGCGGUCUGGAGUCUUACAUUGAGGACCAAGACAAUUUCAGGAACUGCCUUUUGUCUUGUGAACGUCUACAGGAUGAGGAAGCCAGCACGGGCACAUGUUACUCUAAGAGCCUUAUUAAAUUGCUUCUGGGGAUUGACAUAUUACAGCCUGCAAUUAUCAAAACCUUAUUUGAAAAGUUGCCAGAAUUUCUUUUUGAAAGAGUGAACUGUGAUGGAAUCAGCAUGCCUCUACUCAUCAUCAGUCAACUGAAAUGGCUUGACAGAGUUAUGGAUGGCAGGGAUCUCACCACCAAGAUCAUGCAGCUGAUCAGUAUUGCUCCAGAGUACCUUCAGCAUGACUUCAUCACUAGCCUCCCUGAGAUCCUAGGGGAUUCUCAGCAUGCCGAUGUGGGGAAAGAGCUCAGUGACCUUCUAACAGAGAAUACUUCACUCACUGUCCCAAUCCUGGACGUCCUUUCCAGCCUCCGACUUGACCCAAAGCUCCUGUCUACGGUCCGUCAGUUGAUGAUGAAUAAGCUGUCAUCUGUCAAAUUGGACGAUUUACCUGUGAUAAUCAAGUUCAUUCUUCAUUCUGUAACAGCCACAGAUGCACUUGAGGUAAUUUCUGAGCUUCGGGAGAAGUUGGAUCUGCAGCAUUUUAUUUUGCCGUUAUGGUUGCAGGCUUCCCAAAGCAAGUUGAAAAAUAAAGUACGAAUAAGUUUUUCAGGAAAUCAAGAAAACAGCCAUCAGGACUGUGUUUUUCUUCUCUUUGAUGUAAUAAAGUCGGCAGUGAGAUAUGAGAAAACCAUUUCAGAAGCCUGGAUUAAGGCAAUUGAACACAUUCCCCCAGUGUCUGAACACAAGAGUUUUGACCUGGCGAUGCUUAUCAUCAUCUAUAGCACCAACACUCAGACAAAGAAGUACAUUGAGAGGGUGCUAAGAAAUAAGAUUCGAUCAGGCUGCUUUGAAGAAGAGCUGCUGCACAGUACAUUUUGUAUUCAUUGCUUUGUUCUUAAGGAUCUUUGUCCGUCGAUUCUGUCGCUGGCUCAGAAUUUGUUGCACUCCCUGGACCAGAGUAUAAUUUUGUUUGGCAGUCUCCUAUACAAAUAUGCAUUUAAAUUUUUUGACACUUACUGCCAGCAGGAAGUGAUUGGUGCCCUAGUGACCCAUAUCUGCAGUGGGAAUGAAACCGAAGUUGAUACUGCAUUGGAUGUCCUCCUAGUUCUAAACCUUACUGCUAUGAGGCUGAAUGCUGUCUUUGUGAAGGGCAUUUUAGAUUACCUGGAUAAAAUGUCCCCUCAGCAAAUACGAAAACUCUUCUAUAUUCUCAGUACACUGACAUUUAGUAAACAGCAUGGAGGCAGCAGUCAUAUCCAGGAUGACAUGCAUUUGGUGGUACGGAAGCAGCUCUCUAGCACCAUAUUCAAGUACAAACUUAUUGGUAUUAUUGGUGCUGUCACAAUGGCUGGCAUCAUGGCGGCAGACAGAAGUAGAUCUUCCAGUUUGACCCAAGGGAAAACAGACCUGAGCAAUGAACAGUACACACAGGUGACCUCCUUACUGCAGUUGGUUCAUUCCUGCAGUGAGCAGUCUCCUCAGGCCUCUGCACUUUAUUACGAUGAAUUUGCCAACCUGCUCCAAGAAAGAAAGCUGGCUCCAAAAGUCCUGGAAUGGGUUGGGCAGACCAUCCUUAAUGAUUUCCAAGAUGCCUUUGUGGUGGACUUGUGUGCUGUUCCAAAUGGUGACUAUCCAUUUCCUGUGAAAGCUCUCUAUGGACUAGAAGAAUACAAUAGUUGUGAUGGGAUUGCCAUCAACCUCCUGCCACUGUUAUUCUCUCAGGAUUUUGCAAAAGAUGGGAGUAGAAUGACUUCACAGGACUCAGACAACAAAUUGGUGUCUCCGUUGUGCCUGCCUCCCUAUUUCCGGUUACUGAGACUUUGUGUGGCGAGACAACAUAAUGGAAACUUGGAGGAGAUUGAUGGUUUAUUAGAUUGUCCUAUAUUCCUCACUGACCUGGAGCCUGGAGAGAGGCUGGAGUCCAUGUCUGUUAAAGAGCGUUCGUUCAUGUGUUCGCUCAUAUAUCUUACUCUCAACUGGUUCCGAGAGGUUGUAAAUGCCUUCUGUGGGCAAACGUCACCUGAGAUGGCAGGAAAGGUGCUCACCCGGUUAAAGCACAUUGUAGAGCUACAGAGAAUCCUAGAAAAGUACUUGGCAGUUACCUCCGACUAUGUCCCUCCCCUUGCAACCUUUGACUUGGAAGCUGUAGAUGUAAUACCUCAUACCAGUACUGCUGUUUCAGCUAAAAUCAGAAAACAAGGAAUGAUAGGAAGUGGAAGGAAACGAAAAAGAGGUGACAACAAAACAUCCUCCCAUGACACACUUUCAAAGGAGGAUGGUUCAGAAUGUGACCCUACACCAUCUGAUAGAGGCCAGCUGGAAAAGGAGCUCAAAGGGAAAGAAGAGAAGACAGUGGCACUACAGAAUUACCAUGCUUUUUUCCGGGAGCUGGACAUGGAGGUCUUCUCUGUUAUGCAUUGUGGGCUUGUGACCAAGUUCAUCUUAGAUUCUGAAAUGCACACUGAAGCUACAGAAGUUGUGCAACUUCAACCCCCUGAGCUGCUUUUCUUACUGGAAGAUCUCUCCCAAAAGGUGGAGAAUAUGCUGACACCUGUUGGCAGGAGAAUCCCCUUCCUCAAGAGUAAAGGAAGCCAGAAUAUUGGAUUCUCACAUCUCCAUCAGAGAUCUGCCAAUGAAGUUGCUCGUUGUGUUGUUCAACUGCUGACCCCAAUGUGUAAUCAUCUGGAGAACAUUCACAACUAUUUUCAGUGCUUAAAUGCUGACGAUCAGGGUAUAGUUGAUGGACCAGAAAUGCAAGUUCAGGAGUACCACCUAAUGUCUUCCUGCUAUCAGAGGAUACUGCAGAUUUUUCAUGGGCUUUUUGUUUGGAGUGGGUUUUCUCAACCUGAAAAUAAAAAUUUACUGUACUUAGCCUUUGAGAUCCUUACUAACCGACUGAAGCAGAGAGAGCCUGACCAGUCCUUGGAGGAACUGCUCACCCAGAGCUUCCAUUACUUGCAGAAUUUCCAUCAUAGCAUUCCCAGUUUCCAGUCUGCUCUUUAUCUCCUCAGACUUUUGAUGGUCAUUUUGGAGAAAUCUACAGCUUCUGCACAGAAAAAAGAAAAAAUUGCUUCUCUGGCCAGACAGUUCCUCUGUCGGGUGUGGCCAAGUGGGGAGAAAGAGAAGAGCAGCAUCCCUAACGACCAGCUCCAGGCUUUGCUUGGCAUCUACCUGGAGCACACAGACAGUGUUCUGAAGGCCAUAGAGGAGAUUGCUGGUGUUUGUAUCCCAGAACUGAUCAGCUCUUCUAAAGAUGGGUCUUCCUCCACAUUCCCUACACUGACCAGGCACACCUUUGUCAUUUUCUUCCGUGUGAUGAUGGCUGAACUAGAGAAGACGGCGAAAGGUCUUCAGGCUGGCACAGCAGCAGACUCGCAGGAGAUUCAUGAAGAGAAACUCCUCUACUGGAACAUGGCUGUUCGAGACUUCAGUAUCCUCAUCAACCUGAUAAAGGUGUUUGAUAGCCGUCCUGUUCUGCAUGUAUGUUUGAAGUACGGGCGUCUCUUUGUGGAAGCAUUUCUGAAGCAGUGUAUGCCGCUUCUAGACUUCAGUUUUAGAAAACACCGGGAAGAUGUUCUGAGCUUACUGGAAACCUUCCAGUUGAACACGAGGCUGCUUCAUCACCUGUGUGGGCAUUCCAAGAUUCACCAGGAUAUGAAACUCACCGAACAUGUGCCUUUGCUCAAAAAGACCCUGGAGCUGUUAGUUUGCAGAGUGAAAGCCAUGCUCAUCCUCAACAAUUGUAGGGAAGCUUUCUGGCUGGGCAAUCUCAAAAACCGGGACUUGCAGGGUGAAGAGAUUAUAUCCCAGAAUUCCCAGGAAAGCACAGCAAAUGAAAGUGAGGAUGAGACAUCAUCCCAGGUCUCCAAGAGCAAAGCAAUGGAGGUUGAUGAAGAAGACAAAGCAAGUGAUGGAGAGAAAGAGCAAGAUAGUGAUGAGAGUGAUACCGACUCUGAUUAGACCACAGAGAGAAUGAUGCUCCCUCCCCAUCUCUGCCAGCCUCUUACCAUUUUGUGUUCAGGAUUUGAAAUCUGUCUGCCUUUCUCACUUGGAAGCAUACUAUUUUGUCCUUAAAGUGGGGGCUUUAAUGGGGAAUUUUGUAGAUUAUCUAACAUCAUCAAAGACCCUGAUUCAGAAUUCCAAGGUAGCAUUACUUAUCAGUUUGGACAGACAUGGCAGUGCUACACGUCAUGAGUCUGGGCUUUGAAUUCAUGUUAGAAUUUAGGUUUGUAUAAUAUCAGUUUUACAAAUUCUGUUUUAAGCUCUGCCUCAGCUAUCUCUUCCCUUUUUCUGGAUUUCCUUUGUUAGUCAAUGAUUAGAUGGAAUUGCAUUGGGUUUUGAGCAGAGAAAUAAUGAAGACUGGUGCCAACACAUCAGUUCUACCAGUUAAAAUCGUGUUCCCUAUUGUAAGGACCAUCUUUUUUUGAGAUGAGAAGAUUGUUUUGAUCUUUUUGGAGGAGUGAUAAAAUUUGUCAAUGCCCAAAGAAAGUCAAAAGGAACAUUUUGGCUGCUUUAAAAAUUUUUUUGGUUGUCAUGUAGAUAUAAGACAGGGGGAAAGGUACUUUCAAACUCAUGUUGACUUUGUAUAUGUAAUGUUUAUUUUAUUUCCACAUUCUGAGUUAAACCUGUAAUCUAGUUACAAUGAUGCUACAAAAUUACUUGUAGUUUAUUAGAAAUAGAACAUUAGAAGUACACUUCAGCUAAAAUGGGGAGCUCUCACGUCUUCUGCCAGAAAGCCUAGUUUCAGUGCUGCUACCAACUUCUUUCUUGCCAAGCUAUAAAUAUUAAUAUGUUAAUAUUUCUAUCCACUUUUGUAUUUUCCAGUGGUAUUAGGGUGUGGCUGAUUAGGGUUUUUUUGUUGUUGUUUUGGUGGGGGAGGGGAGUUGUUUUUUGUUUUUAAAAUUAAUCCUUGAACCACAUAUAGGUUUUUGACCCCUUCAUCCUCCUAUAUGUAAAAAUACAUAUCUUUUUUGACUCCCCUGUUUCCAUAA